CGAGUUCUCGGGCUUCGAAAGUUCGAGCUUCGGAUCAAUCACCUACUCUACCGUACUGCACACGCAGCACACACAGCACACACAACCCACCAUCGGCUUUUGUCUGGAAUUCAUUCGUCGCAAUAAUGUCAGAUCCACUCAGCUUUCUCGCCGCCUUCUCGAGCGAAGAAGUGAUGGAUCAUGUUCUUCCACAAGCAACGACAUUCUUCUCUCUGCCUCUGGAGCUACGUACUCAAAUUUAUCGUUUGUGUCUUGCGCCCAAGCAAGAGAACACACAGACGCGCAGACAAGCGGUUACCGUCAAAACCCACAUGAAGUCUCGAGUCGGUCUGAACCUACUACUCGGUUGCAAAGAGAUAUAUGUGGAGGCGGUGCAAUACGCUUACGAGUAUCGAUGGUGGCAAAUAGGCAACGUGCCUGUUCAGAGUCCUCAGCGACCGCUAGAUGGUAGUACGCCUAUCUUCGAUGGUCCUGCACUCAUGGCUUCCAUCAACAGUCAGACGAUGGCCAAGAUCAAAAAUCUCAGUUUCAGAAUACCGAUUACAAUGCACGGCGGGUUCGCAGCCUCCCCAGUCGUGCUGGGCGCUCUUGACAGCAUGGAAGGGUUGUCAAAUGUUAGGGCUUGUCUUUACUUUCGGGACAGCAGCUGGGGUUAUGCUACGAAACUCGCAGACUCACCAUUACUGAUCGGACUAAUGAUACAAGUCCUUACCCAGGUGCCCGAGCAUGUCAUGUUGUCUUUCGAAGUGCGAAUGCUCAAGCCAUCUGCGCGUCGUGGUGUGUAUCCUUACUCUCAUAGCGAUACGGCAUUGGAAGCAAUCCGGACCCUGGUGACGGAUUAUGCAUCACUCCAAGGACGCAACUGUGGCCCUCCAAAGCCUCUCAGCUCCCUCAAGUCCGAUUCUCCAGCUUGUGCCACCAUCUUGAGAGGCUCAGUAUCUGGCAAUGAAUCGCAGGCAGUCAGAAUAUCAAUGAAGUCAAUACCAUCGAAGAGCACCGAUUUCGAGCUGAUUUGACCGGUCCUGGUAACGAUCUACGGUUUCCUCAGACCUCCCCGUGUGCUUAAC